AGCUUGCGGCAGAGUUACUUUUGUACACGCAGGCAAGUUGAUGCGUGUUGUCUCGUUCUUUAGUCUGUCUCCGCGACAAAAGCUCAUCAUGAAGGUUGUUUUAGCCUCCGUUUUCCUCAUUGUGGUCAUUGUGGCCCUUUUGCCACGGUCUGACGCUACAAACCACAAAGCAAACGGACCAAAAGUGACAGAUAAGGUUUUCUUUGACAUAACCAUAGGAGGAGAAGAUGUUGGAAGAAUUGUCAUCGGUCUCUUCGGAAAAACUGUACCAAAAACUGUUGAAAAUUUUAAGACAAUUGCUGAAGGCACAGAGGAGGCUAAUGGUGUGAAGUUGACCUACCAGGGAUCUGGCUUCCAUCGUGUGAUCAAGGACUUCAUGAUCCAGGGCGGUGACUUUACCAACCAUGAUGGCACUGGAGGGCGUGGAGUGAAGACCAUGAAAUUCCCUGAUGAGAACUUCAAACUGAAACAUUAUGGCCCUGGUUGGUUGUCAAUGGCAAAUGCUGGACCAAAUACCAAUGGAUCGCAAUUUUUCAUCACUACGGUCAAGACUACAUGGUUGGAUGGACGCCAUGUUGUAUUUGGAGCUGUUCUCGAAGGCAUGGACGUGGUAAGAAAGAUUGAGAAUACGCCAACAGCAACUGGUGACAAACCUGUCAAGAAGGUUCUCAUUAAAAAGAGCGGAUCCAUUAAAGUUGAUGAAUCAUUUUCAAUUGCGCAAGAAGGAAGAAAAUAGAUGUUAACAAUAGAUAUUUCACAACUCUCAGACCCGUACUCAGUGUAUUUGUAAAAGUGAAACCAUUCAGAAAUUUAUUUGAAAAAAAUAUCCUAUGUGCCAUCAGAAUCAUUUUUGCUCAAGUCUUGACAUGCAUCCAAGACAGAGAAAAAAAUGUGUUGACGAAUUUGAAAAAGAUCUAAACUGGUAAGGUAUUUUGACCCCCGUCUGGGAUCUAAUCUGAUUUGAAUUUUAAAAAGAUCUAAACUGGUAAGGUAUUUUGACCCCCGCCUGGGAUCUAAUCUGAUUUGAUCAAAUGAAUUUGUACUCCUACCCUCAACUUUAUUAAAAUAUUGUCAGUAUGGUUGUUUGGAAUGUAGGUCAGUUUUGUGCUAGAAGUAGAAUGAGGCACCUUGUUAACAUCGCUGUAUUGUGCUUUACCUUUUCUUGCUUUGGUUUGUAGUUUUAACAUCCUUGGUUGUGACUCCCAUCUGUCUAUCACAUCACAAAGAGCUUGCGGUGUGUAAAUAUUUGACUGUAAAUGUGCCAAAAUUUGCACGGGGUUUCAAGUGGUAUCUGUUGGCCGCAGAACUUGAAAAAACGCCAACCAGAAAGAAGAGACUGAUUUUCCUCUGUAAUGAAUAAUUAAAAUUUUCAUUUGUCAGAAAUGGUUUUCAGAUGAUUGCAAUGAAAUUAUUUUUUGAUGCUUUGACAACGACGUCAGAAUGUGCGAACAAUUUUGCAUUAUUUGUUGCUGUAUGAAAAGUGAGAUAUAAAUUUAUUGGUUAUUACAAGAAUUAAUAGAUUAAUAAUUCUUGUUGGUUAUUGUUGUAGUGUGCUGGUUAUUCUCAGCUAUUGCUAGCUGUCACUUAAUUUAUUCAUACAUACACAUACAUAUGAUGAAAACAAAAGGUGCAACAAUGUGUUGGCUGUAAGAUCACAAAUUUGCUCAGAAAUUAGUUUCCUUGAUAGUUUGUAAAACUUCAUGUUGAAUAGGCCUCCAUCGAUACAUUCCAAUUGUGCUUGAAAGGUCAGCAUUUCAAAGAGGGAGGGAAGAUAUUUUUGAAAUAACUUUAAAUUUAUCGGUAACAAAUUAGAAACAAAAUUUCAUUGCCAUUUGGUGCCCAUUAGUUGCAUCUACCACUAAUCUGUAGUUGAUGUGCCAACUUUGACAACUACAUGUAUGACAACAUGCCUGUCAUGGAAUUGACCAAGAACAUCAAAAAUUCCUUUCCUACAUGUACGUUAAACAUUUUGCUUGCAUUAAAUUGACAUACUAUGAGUCCAGGGUACAUCAGUGCAGUACUGUGUGCACGGGAUAAGAUGAAUGUUGGUCAAUAGGGACCUUUGUUUCAAAUAUUUUGCAAUGUGGAAAUUCCAAGAAUUUAUAAAAAUGUUGUGAAGAUUGUGCUAUGCAUUGAAUUACACUUUGUACUUCUGUCAUCAUUGUUCACUGAAUAUAAUCAUAAAGGAAUAAAGAUUUUGUAGGAACGAUUUC